CUUGUUGGGUUAAUGAGGCAACUAGUCACACCUGUGACAGAUCCUUUAAAAGGAGAGGUGGAAGAGGUAGACCAUAACUCACAGACAACAGAGAGACAACCAGUGAAUCCCUUGGAAGAGUGCAGAAGACCAUUAUCAUGGCGAUACUGACCAUCAUUCUGCUUGUCAGCACGGUUUUUGCUCUGGGAGAUGCUACGAAACAACCCAGGAACCGCUGUGAACUUUCUAGAGAUACUGUGAAAAAUGGCCCGCCUGGAGACUACGUCCCCAUGUGUGACUGCAAGGGAGAAUACACUCCUGAGCAACACUGGGGCUUUACAGGUUCCUCUUCAUGUCUUACCAGAACUGGACAGAAGAUCCCGGGUACUGAGACUCAUCCUGGCACUGCUCCAAUAAAAUGUGCUUGCAGUGGUGCUCGCAGAUGAAAGGUGCUGGAGAGAAGACUGCGAAAACAUUGGAAAUACUUUGAUGGUUGUCUUUACUGUACUAUGGGAGCAUAUUCACAUUCCAUAUAAAUGAAGAAAUCCUGAGAUAAAAUUGUUGCAUUACAUUCUU